AUCAGAUGUGAGAUGGUACUUUGCGAUUGUUUUGCUUGUUUUUGUUGUUACAAAUAAUUGAAAAUAAACACUUAAAAAAUGGCAAUAUUUUGCCUGAAAGACAGCGACAAAUACUACUUAUCCCUUUCAGAGCAGCCAAAGCGAUUUGAUGCCGAUAGUCCAGUAACGAAUGUAUUUUUUGACGAUACAAAUGGACAGGUUUUUACUGUCCGAUCGGGGGGUGUAACAGGGGUCACGGUCAAUGGAAUGGAUGACUCAAAGAGCACAUCAUUCAGAAUGGAAGAUAAAGGACCUAUUAUUUCUAUAAAAUUCUCACCUGACCAUAAAGUACUGGCCAUCCAAAGAAACCUUGAAGCUCAAACUCCUAUGGUUGAAUUUGCUAACUUUAAAGAUCUUGCGCCAACAAAUGUUGAAUAUAGUCACACAUGUAAAUGGAAAAAUGCAAAGAUUUUGGGCUUUGUGUGGCCAAAAGUGAACGAAAUUGCCUUCAUAACAGACCAUGGGAUAGAGCUAUUGCAAGUGUUUCCUGAGAAAAAGCAAUUGAAGACAUUAAAAAGUACUUCAUUCAGCGGGGCCUGGUUCUCAUGGUGCGCACAAAGCAACAUAGUGCUGCUUGCUGGCAACAAUGGUGCUUUACUUCAACCUUUCUCUCUCAAUAACUCCACUAUUACUAAACUGCAAAAAUUGGAAUUAGAUUCCUCCAGACCAGUAGUAGAAAGAGAUGUGUUUGUAUUGCGUCUGUGUGAUGCAUCAUGGUGCGCUAUAUUCAGACAUGGCAACCCUGUUACCGCUGCUGCUGGGCCUACAGAGGUAUGGUUGAUGCCAAUCUCUGGUAGUCAGGGCAUUCAGCAUGUGCUGAAAACAGGCCUGGUGGGAAGAUUUGCUGUCAGCGUUGUAGACCACCUUCUGGUUAUUCAUCAUCAGUCUAGCCAAACAUCACAACUAUUUGAUAUAACGGAGGAAACAAAAAGAGAAGGCAACAUUGCAAUGCACUUGCCCAUAGUGCAAGGGAUAUCUAUGAAACCGGCGCUUGUUGAUGGACAGGAGUGCCCUAUGUAUUCUGGCAACUGGGUUGUAUUUCAACCAGAUUAUAUCAUAGAUGCAAGACUGGGUUGUCUAUGGAAGGUGCAACUUAUUCACUCUGGACUGGCACAUAAUGUACCAAAAGACGAGAUAUCAAAGAUAGUGGCUGUUCUAUUAAGGCGAAAGAACGGCAAAGACGCGAUCUAUCAGAUAUUAAACCAGCUGGUCACCAACGCGGGGACAUAUCUUGUUGAAUUGUCCAAAGUGUUUGAUGAAAUAAACGCUGUUUACAGGAAAUGGGCAGAUUUAGAAGUGGCCCGCAACACAGCGGGGCACGUGGGCGACAAGUGCGCGGACACGUUCCCGGUGCUCAUCUCGCAGGCGGAUCUCUGCGGCCACGUGCUGCAGCUGCACGCGGAUAUUGACCACCUGGUGCAGGUGGUAACCGCCUACCUAUCCUCCCUAUCCCGGCACGACAUGGUGGUCCAGCACGCAGCAGCUGAGCUGUGCGUGCGUGCGCUAGUGACGCGCGGCGCGGGCGGGCGGCUGCGGGCGCUCGUGCGGCGCGGUUGCCUUGGCGACGCGAGGCCGCUCGCCUGCCAGCUGCUCAGCUUGGGGCAUAUCGAUCCCGCGGCUGCACAGCUCGCGCUGGAUAUGAUGUGGCGGUUGAAGGCGUAUGAGGAAAUUGUAGAAGUGCUACUAAGCUGGAACGAACCAGUAAGUGCACUUGGCGCUGCUCGGCAGAGCGGCGUGUCCGCGUGGGGCGCGCUGGCACCCCGCAAGCUGCUCGCGGGGGCCGCGCGGGACCCCGCCUUCAGAGCGAUCUACCACGCGCUGCUAGCGAGGAACGAAAGGCUGAGGGGGUCGCCGCACUUUGUUAAGGGUGAACAAUGCGAACAGUAUAUUGAAUACUACAAACAACUUAUGGCAGAUUCGUAGACAAUAAAGGUUGAUCUAAAUCACUAGCUUUAAUUUGAAAUGUGAUUUGUAAUUUAAUUGUAAUAAUUAUUUUUGUAAGUACCUAGUUAUGAUCCUCCAAAAAUAAUUAAUUUGAUUUUGUAAUUCAUAAAAAUUAUAUAUACCUAUA